AGUUUUUAUCGCUACAGCACAAAGGACAGAAGAGCGCGCUUUCACAUCUGCCUAACUCCGCUCACUGGACCGGUUCAACACUUCAGCACCACGGAGAGCAGCACCUCCUUGGCUACCGCCCAUGGGGAGUCACAUUCCCGCAACUCAACGCCGGAUUCCGGUCAUCUAGAGGAGGGACAAGCCUGCAUAUUUCACCCUCAAUGCUGGGAAGCAGCGCUUUCAAAAACAUGCAGCGCCGGCACACGACACUGAGAGAGAAGGGCCGUCGCCAGGCCAUCCGGGGUCCUGCCUACAUGUUCAAUGAGAAGGGCACCAGCCUGACACCUGAGGAGGAGCGCUUCCUGGACUCGGCUGAGUAUGGUAACAUCCCGGUGGUCAGGAAAAUGCUAGAGGAGUCCAAAACCCUCAACUUCAACUGUGUGGACUACAUGGGGCAGAAUGCACUGCAGCUGGCUGUGGGCAACGAGCACCUGGAGGUCACAGAGCUGCUGCUCAAGAAGGAGAACCUGGCACGGGUUGGGGACGCACUGCUGCUGGCCAUCAGCAAGGGCUAUGUGCGCAUCGUCGAGGCCAUCCUCAACCACCCGGCCUUUGCGCAGGGCCAGCGCCUGACACUCAGCCCGCUGGAACAGGAGCUCCGGGACGAUGACUUCUAUGCCUACGACGAGGACGGCACGCGCUUCUCCCAUGACAUCACACCCAUCAUCCUCGCAGCCCACUGCCAGGAGUAUGAAAUCGUGCACAUCCUCCUGCUCAAGGGCGCCCGCAUUGAGCGGCCCCAUGACUACUUCUGCAAGUGCAGUGAGUGCACUGAGAAGCAGCGGAAGGACUCCUUCAGCCACUCACGCUCCCGCAUGAAUGCCUACAAGGGACUGGCGAGUGCUGCCUACUUGUCCCUGUCCAGCGAAGACCCUGUCCUCACCGCACUGGAGCUAAGCAAUGAGUUAGCAAGACUAGCCAACAUUGAGACUGAAUUCAAGAACGAUUACAGGAAGUUAUCUAUGCAAUGCAAGGAUUUUGUGGUGGGCGUGCUGGACCUAUGCCGAGACACAGAAGAGGUGGAAGCGAUUUUAAAUGGUGAUGUGAACUUCCAAGUCUGGUCCGACCACCACCGUCCAAGUCUGAGCCGGAUCAAACUCGCCAUUAAAUACGAAGUCAAGAAGUUCGUUGCUCAUCCUAACUGUCAGCAGCAAUUGCUUACCAUGUGGUAUGAAAAUCUCUCAGGCUUACGUCAACAGUCUAUCGCUGUGAAAUUCCUGGCUGUCUUUGGAGUCUCCCUAGGCCUCCCUUUUCUCGCCAUAGCCUAUUGGAUUGCUCCGUGCAGCAAGCUAGGACGCACCCUGAGGAGCCCUUUCAUGAAAUUUGUAGCCCAUGCAGUUUCUUUUACCAUCUUCUUGGGAUUAUUAGUUGUAAACGCAUCAGACCGCUUUGAAGGCGUCAAAACCCUGCCCAAUGAAACUUUCACAGACUACCCGAAGCAAAUCUUCAGAGUGAAAACCACGCAGUUCUCCUGGACAGAAAUGCUCAUCAUGAAGUGGGUAUUGGGGAUGAUUUGGUCCGAAUGCAAGGAAAUCUGGGAGGAAGGGCCACGGGAGUACAUGCUGCACCUGUGGAACCUUCUGGAUUUCGGGAUGCUGUCCAUCUUCGUGGCUUCCUUCACCGCGAGGUUCAUGGCUUUCCUCAAGGCCAGCGAAGCCCAACUGUACGUUGACGAGCACGUGCCGGACGACACGCUACACAACGUCUCUCUGCCGCCGGAAGUGGCGUACUUCACCUACGCCAGGGACAAGUGGUGGCCUUCAGACCCUCAGAUCAUAUCAGAAGGGCUGUAUGCAAUAGCUGUCGUGCUGAGCUUCUCUCGAAUCGCGUACAUCCUGCCAGCCAACGAGAGCUUCGGGCCCUUGCAGAUCUCCCUGGGGAGAACCGUGAAAGAUAUCUUCAAGUUCAUGGUCAUUUUCAUCAUGGUAUUUGUGGCCUUCAUGAUUGGGAUGUUCAAUCUGUACUCCUACUACCGAGGUGCAAAGUACAACCCAGCGUUUACAACGGUUGAAGAAAGUUUUAAAACCUUAUUCUGGUCCAUCUUCGGCUUGUCUGAAGUGAUCUCGGUGGUGCUGAAAUACGACCACAAAUUCAUCGAGAACAUCGGCUACGUUCUCUAUGGCGUUUACAAUGUCACAAUGGUGGUAGUGCUGCUCAACAUGCUGAUUGCCAUGAUCAACAACUCGUAUCAGGAGAUCGAGGAGGAUGCGGACGUGGAGUGGAAAUUCGCCCGAGCGAAGCUCUGGCUGUCUUAUUUUGAUGAAGGAAGAACUCUACCUGCUCCUUUUAAUCUAGUGCCAAGUCCUAAAUCAUUUUAUUAUCUCAUAAUGAGAAUCAAGAUGUGCCUCAUCAAACUCUGCAAAUCUAAGGCCAAAAGCUGUGAAAAUGACCUUGAAAUGGGCAUGCUAAAUUCCAAGUUCAGGAAGACUCGAUACCAUGCUGGCAUGAGGAAUUCUGAGAACCUGACUGCAAAUAACACUUUCAGCAAACCCACCAGAUACCAGAAAAUCAUGAAACGGCUCAUAAAGAGAUACGUCCUGAAGGCCCAGGUGGACAGAGAGAACGACGAAGUCAACGAAGGCGAGCUGAAGGAAAUCAAGCAAGACAUCUCCAGCCUGCGCUAUGAGCUCCUCGAAGAGAAAUCUCAAGCGACCGGCGAGCUGGCCGACCUGAUUCAGCAGCUCAGUGAGAAAUUUGGAAAGAACUUAAACAAAGACCACCUGAGGGUAAACAAGGGUAAAGACAUUUAGCAGCCCA